AAUAGAUCAGAACACAGGACCGGGAACCUGAGAGAUGAAAGAUGUGUUAGAGUCUGCGGCAUGUGUUGCGCAGAGAAGCGGAUCAGGAUGGCGGAGUGAGGGGUGAGAGGAUGAGACUGCCCAGCUCCGUCCUGGUGUCGGUCUCCCUGUUCACGGCCGAAACCACGGCAGCUCUGUACCUGAGCACCACGUACCGCUCGGCCGGGGAUCAGAUCUGGCAGGGCUUCACGCUGCUCUUCACGCUGGUGCCGUGCGUGUUGGUGCAGCUCACCCUCAUCUUCAUCCACCGAGACCUGAGCAGAGACAGGCCGCUCAUCCUGCUGCUGCACCUCCUGCAGCUCGGACCUGUCAUCAGGUGUUUGGAUGCCUUUUGUAUCUAUGGAAGUGCGGGGAAGGUGGAGGAACCAUAUGUCACUAUCACAAGGAAGAAACAAAUGCCUCGGAGUGGCCGGUCCGAGGAGGUGGAACAUGAGGUCGGGCAGGCUGAGGGCAAGUUGGUCGCUCACCGAGCAGCCUUCGCUCGAACCUCCGUCAUUCAGGCCUUCCUGGGCUCUGCCCCUCAGCUCACACUGCAGCUCUACAUUUGCGUGCUGCAGAGGGGUGUUUCCAUUGGAAGAGCCACCCUAAUGGUCAUCUCUCUGCUCUCUAUUGUGUACGGUGCACUACGCUGCAACAUCCUGGCCAUCAAGAUCCGCUACGAUGACUACGCAGUGUCAGUGCGCCCUGUGGCAUACGUGUGUGUGUUGCUGUGGCGCAGCUUUGAGAUCGCAACACGCGUUGCUGUGCUCGUGCUUUUUGGCUCUGUUCUGAAGGCCUGGCUGCUGCCUGUUGUCAUGCUCAGCUUUAUCGCCUUCUUCCUGCACCCAUGGGUGGCAUUCUGGCGCAGCGGCUCGCCCUUCCCAGAGAGCAUUGAGAAGACACUGACCCGCGUGGGCACAGCUACUGCACUGGCCAUGCUUACUUUUUUGUACGCCGGCAUCAACGUUUUCUGCUGGUCGGCCGUGCAGCUGAAGCUUGAAGACCCUGACCUGAUUGACAAAAAUUACGGCUGGAAGCGAGCGACUGCUUACUAUUCGAUACGCUUCGUCGAGAACAUCGCACUCACAUCCCUCUGGUUCACUCACCGCACUGAAUUUUAUCGACAGGUAGACGCUCCGGUGCUUGAGACGCUUUUACUGUUUAGCUAUGUUCUUGCUGUGUUCUUCAUGCUCCUAUUCUACCAGUGUUGCCACCCCUGCAGGCACCUGUUCUCCUCCAGCCCGGUGCAGGGACUAUGGGAGUGCUGUGGUUCAAUACAGGUGCCGGCUGUGUCGUGUUCCCAGCCUGGAUCGACACAGGAAAAAGUCUCCUUGGAGAACCAUGAUCCAGCCAAAGAUGGGGACCAUGAAACAAUUUCCACCACCAACGGAGACAUCAGCCAGUGUCUUUGCUGAGUCCCUAAUGAGGUAAAGAGCCACAGUACAGAUGGAGAAAUAGAGUAGGUGGCAUAGCACUUGGACACUCUUACCAAGCAAAUGCUUUAGCUGAGAAUUAAUGUGAAACAUUGUGAUUCAGGCAGAAACCGAGGACAAAUGGAGGUGUCAGUCUGAGCCUACAGAGAAACUUUCCUUUAAAAGUGCCCCUUAUGGACCAGCAGCUUGAUUAGCCAAUGAUGUUAAUGUAUGUUCUGUUGAUCGUCUGAAAAGACUAUUUUUCCUUCCUUGGAUUUAUGACAAACCAGUCAGCAUGAUUGUUUCUCGGGUUGUUUAAAUGCCGUCGCUUCAUGCAUGUGCUGUUAAAAUUCAACAAAACAGAAAAUGCUGCUUUUUGCCAUGUAAGCUACUGUCUGCCUGACUCUCGGUUUGUCUCUGCGUUCCUGUCCCUUCAUGUUCCUUCCCAAAACACCACAAUUAUAAAGUGUAUACAAUUCUUAAAUUUUUUUUUAAUUUAAAAUCCUAUCCUAUCCUAUAAAUUCUAUGCACCACAAAGCACAUUUAGUACAACCUAGAAGGAUUACAAUCGAUAAGAAAACACAGUACAAUUGUAUGUUUCUCAGUUUUUCUUUAGAGUCCUCUAACUAAAAAUCCCACUCCUAUAAGAGUAGAUUUAUAAAUGACUCAUGUAAGCAUUUAAAGUUUACAAACAUUAUUUCUCUAUUGCAUUUCAUGUACAUUUAAUGUAAAGGACAAGGGUCUUUUAAUUCCAGGGUCUGGGUUCGAUUCCCACCUCAGGGUCUGUGUGCAUGGGGUUUGUAUGAUCCCUGUGUGUUUGAUGGGUUUCAUCUGGGUACUCCAGUUUUCUUCUACAGUCCAAAGAUUAGGCUAAUCCGACCAUGGUCACCAUUGUCCUUCACAGUCCCUAGCUGGACUACAGAGGUUCCUAGAUGAAUGGAUGGAUGGAUGGAUGGAUGGAUUCGCGUUUGAGAGCAGAUAUAAUCCAAGCAGUGAGGGGUCACCUGAUCAUCAGCUUAGAGCCUUAAUACUCACUCACUCACUCACUCACUCACUCACUCACCGCUGCUGCAUAUUGAUACACCACCUCACUGAUAUAAUUUUAUUACAUUACUGUAUUAAUACAUUAUUUCAUGUUUCUUUCUCUUUGGCUUUAAAAAUCCAGCCUGUGUUUACAGUUUUAGCUAUGAUUUCACAAUUAUGUAAAAAUAAUAAUUCAUCCAUCCUAAACUUAAAAUGCUUACAGAGGCAUUAAGCUACAGUAUAUUCAUAUCAAAAUGCCAUUCAGUGUCUUUAAUAUU